AUGUGCCGGGAGAUUGGGCCUGAUAGAGUGUUGUGUAACAUUUGUGAGCAUGAAUUCUGCUCGGACUGCUGGGAACAUUGGCCAUUGCACACGGAUCUCGGUCGAGGGUCACAGGUUCAUGAGAAAACUAGCUUGGGGUUGAGUAAUAAGGUCUGCAAUUCUCUUCGACCCCGGAGAACACUCGACGAGGAAGAUUCGCUCCACAGAGCGGAUCACGUAACGACGUGGUUCGGUGUUUCUCGUGCCGAUGGACAGCAAGAUAGUGAUGCUACAUUCAUGGACCAUGGUCGGUAUGCCCAGCUCAUGGCUGAAUACCCCCCCUCGACUCGGACACGCUUAUAUCCGAGCUUGGUAUCCUUUGUUGGUCAAACAGGAGCGGGGAAAAGUAGCUUGAUUCAUUUGUUGAUCUCUCUCAACAAUCCUCAAAAUAUCGCGCUUCAAACCCCAGUUGUCGGGUCCGCCUUCGCUGGCAAUCAACCAACUUCCGGCGACGUUCACCUCUACAAAGACCCGAGGAGCUCCACCGACGGGAGCUUGAAGCCAAUUCUUUAUGCAGACUGCGAAGGGCUAAAUGGCGGUGAUGCAAACCCAAGAUGCCACUCUGCAGUGGAAGAAAGCUCCACAGAAAGUCUUCGAUACCACCUUUUUUCCGUUGCGAAGAUAGUGAGAACAAAGAUUUGGGCCGGGACCAACAAACCAACAACAAGGCAAUACAUUGUCACUAAUUUGUACUCGCGCAUACUAUACACAUUUUCCGACACAAUCGUAUUCGUUUUGGAAAAUUCCAGAACAAUUGAAAACGUGACAGAGAUGUUAUUAAAGUGGGCUGACACAGCAAUUGAACGUUCGACAAAUAACCCAAGCCUUCCCCACGCAAUCAUCGUACUUAAUAAAACAGAAACUGCUAUUCCUGACGAGGAUUGGGAUCAGCUGAAGACAACAAACUUCCUCUUUGAAAGCAUGGACAGAAGUCUUCACACACUCGACAAAUUUAAACCAUACCUCCAGAAAUGGGAACGACCAGGGAGAACACUGAACACGAAAGGGUUGCUCCAAUGCUAUUACACCACAGUACAGGCUAUUCGCAUACCCAACCAAGCUGCUGGGAUUGGCAGGCCAAACAAGGUUGACGCUCAGGUUUCUGCCCUGUAUCGCCAGAUUGGCUUGAAUGGUGCGCAAGCUCAAAGGAAGAAAUUGAGAAGCCGCAUGCUUUUGAAUGCGGAUCAAUUUGAUCCGUACCUUCAAUUCGCGUUCAAACACUUCUCAUCCCCGGCUGGCCUCGAGAAGCCAUUCGACUUCGUUCAAGCAUCAUUCCUAAACUCCCCAAUCUCAAAUACUUUUGGGGAUCAAAUAGUCAAGGUUGGACGCCAUUUAAAGACAUUCCAUCCCACGAUGGAAUUCGGAGAAAUAUUAAACACUCUUAGCCCCUUCAUCGCAUCUUGCAUCAUGCUUGAUGCUACCAGAAAUGGCAGAGUUGGCAAUGCCAAUGUUAUUCUUCCGCAGUAUGUAGAGCAUUGCAGGAAUGCUAUCGAGGGCGUGAAUCUAGACUGGCCUUGCAGCUUUCCCGGUUGUGUAAACCGCCGAUCAGGGCACAGCCUCGGCCAUCAGAAUAGCAAUGGGCAACUCAUAGGUAUAUCGGCUCCUACAGACGGUGACACUGGAUUAGGCAACUUUCAAGAGGGCUCAACAAGCUAUCAGAACCCGACGAACGAGCGCAGCUUUCUCAUGAAAUUGGAACAAGACUUAGCAAAUCUUCUCAAUCGGCGUUCGGAUUCUGGAAUAUUCCUAGCCCCUGAGGUUUAUGAUCUUCACAAAAGCGAAGUCCGACUCUUCUACGAGCAGCACGGCGGCAAUCGUGGUGCCUUGGCAUUCCAAGAUAAUGUGUGCUGUGUGCUGUGUCUUAUGGGAGCUGCAGUUCAUCCGUUGGCAUGUGGCCAUGUAAUUUGCGAGGGCUGCUUGACAAAUUAUGGAACCCAAGUGGAAGGCGAUGGGAAUUACAUUACCAGGAUUGAUGAAUGCCCCAUGCAUUCGCACUUACCAUGGCAAGCACCUCUUAUCAUUAGAGCAAUUCCGAAAGAAGCAGGAGUGAGGCUCCUGGCAUUAGAUGGAGGGGGUGUUCGCGGGAUUUUACAACUCGUGGCUCUAAAGCAUCUCGAGAGACAUCUUGGCGAGAGAAUUCCAAUUCAGUCAUUCUUUGACCUGAUUGUAGGGACUAGUGUAGGAGGAAUCAUUGCAGCUGGUUUAGUCUCGAAGGCAUGGAGUGUGACCGAAUGUCGUGAACGGUUCGAAAGCCUUUGCGGCCAGUCAUUCAAACUCAGAGUUAUUCACAAAUUGGUACCGAUUCCUGGCAUGCAGGUUCUCUUCGACCGAUUUGAUACAUAUGCUCUAGAGUCGUCGCUCAAAGAAGCUUUUGGGCCGUUUGAAUUCCUUUUUGGUGGUAGACCAACUUCCUUCCAGAAGAGAUUCGACACAAAAAUUGCACUCACAUCCUACUCGAGUGUGGGCGGUCCAUAUGUAUUUGGCAAUUAUAAUCGUACUCAGACUGAGGCUCAUUCUACUAAAUACAACUUCAUGCGUCCUCCACACCCGCAACAGGAGUUAAAGACGUGGGAAGCUGCCCGAGCAACGUGCGCUGCGCCGACCUGGUUUUCAGGUUACUUCCACCGAGGAACACAAAGGACUUUCUUGGACGGGGGCCUAUACACCAACAAUCCCAUUGGCAUUGUUGAUGAGGAACGCAAGUUUCUGUGGUCUGGUCACACAAUUGAUGCAGCUGUUUCGCUAGGAACUGGACACAACCCCCUUCUAGCGGAAAUCGCGGAACAAAAUCAGGGGAGCACCGGAUUUCGCGAUCAGCUUCAAAACUUCAUUCUGAAUCAGAUGGAGAGGUUAGGCUCAGUAUAUCGGAUAGCUAAAGUGGCCUACGAUCAUAUAGAGAACAGCUUGGAUUCUGAAAGGACCUGGAAACAUUACUACCAAGAUCUGGACGAUUCCAGAAAGGCAAAAUCUUUUCGCCUGAACCCUCUUCUUCCAGCACCAAUCCCAGAACUUCACGAGGUUGAUAAGAUGGAAGAACUGGCAGAUCUUGCAGACAAGUAUUGGAAGGAGCCUAUCCGCAAAGCGGAGCUCUGUAACCUUGCGAGAAAGCUCCUAGCGUCCUGCUUCUACUUUCACAGAAUCUCCGGGCAAAUUCAGCCAGGGGGAGAAUACGAAAUUCGAGGUACUGUACAAAUCCUUCAUUCCUAA